AUGGGAGAUUGCAAGCAGGAAGCUUAUCCUAUAAAGAGGAAGAUAGAUACAUAUGUGGAUUAUGUGCAGCAGUUUGGUUUGUUUCAUCCCGUACCUGAGUUGGCAAGACUACACCCGGGUACUCGGAAGCAGGGAGAACUUGUGGAGUCUUACAAUGCUGAUUUGCAAAGAAACGCUUGUCAAGAAAGUGACAGGGUUUAUGGCAGCGCUAGCACCCAUCACAAGAGCGGCAAUGUUGACAAGAAAGGCCAAAGAAAAAGUGAAGACAGUGAUGGGAGGAUCAAGACGAAGCAGACAAGAUCAAGAAGGACAAUAAUUAUAUUACUUCAUCUCUGGAUUUCUGAAGCGCUACCAACGUGUCUUCAAUAG